AUGGGCCCCUCGUCUCGCUCUAGGAUUACCGUCUGCCUGCUCCUCACCUUGGCUCAGGUGAUCUUCGUGACGUGCCAAGAAGAUAGUAAGAAUGGUGAGUGCCAGAGUCUGUGUUUCCAGAAAAUGUUGGUGCAGAAAACUGAUCCUGAAAAAGUCGGUUCUUGUUCGAUCACCUGUUCAGCUUCCACACACCUUUAUGUCUCUGAAUAACUCUUCAGAUUUGUGUGUUUUAAUGAUUUUUAACUCCUGCUAACUCAUCUCCCUCAGAGUUUUUAAUGACAUUUUUAUGCCUUUUUACAUUUCUGUUUGUUUUUCAGUUCACAUGAUUCUCUUUUCCAGGUUUAGAAAAGUGGUUUUGGAAGUUUUUUUUCAGAUUUCCUUUGUCCUGAUUUAGUCGAAGCAGAAGUGGUGGAGCAGCUGGACCACACCGACUCUGUGGUUUGGGAGCUGAAGGUUAAAAUCACACCCACAACCGUGACCGAAAGAGCUUAUUACGCCCUGAUGGGACUCCUUUCUCCUCUCUGUGACGACACACUAAAAAAUGAUUCAGUUCUUACCAAGAAAACAACCGUAGAUCCAGAAGUGUUGGAGAAUUUCUCCUGUUUUCAGAGUCUUUAAGUUUCCACUGUAAUCUUCUCUCCAACAACCUUCUCUUCUGUUUGUCUCCAAUAGUCAGGAAAUCUUCACAUGAGAAAAAUAACUGUUCAAAUCAGUUCUAGUCUCAUCCAAAGGAAUCUUGUUUUCAGAUUCAGUAAGCCUUGUUUCAAGAUCAGCCUGCUUGGAUUGAGACAGAGUUUAGUCAUUCUUCACUAAUACUGGGUAUUUUUUCUCUACAUUUCUAUUUUUGGUUGAACUAAUCUUCAGCUUCAUUUGAUCAAAGGAAGAAAAAUAAAUAUGUCAUUGAUUAGAUUUAGUCGAUUUCACUGAUUUUAGGGCUGGAAAAGUGACAUUUUAAUCAUCUGAUCUUAAACCAGCAUGUUUGUCUGACUUUAAUCUUCCAAAUACAUUUGUAGACAUGAUUAUUUCUAGACUGAACAAUCUUCAUUCAAGAAAUCUGGUUUAGUGAAAUGAUCUUGCUGCAUGGACAGAUCAUUUAUCUUGUUUUUAGUCCCUCUUCCCUCAGAUUUAGUCUUUUUAUCUUGUUUUUAAACUCUCCUUUUGUGCAGCGCAGUGAUUUAUCAGGAAUCUUUUCAGGAAUUAAUCAGAGGUGGAGAAAGUGCCGUCAGCCCUCUGAUUUCUCUGAAGUUUAGUGUUUGAUAUCUCCCUCUCCUGCCGCUCAGACUGAUGCGUGCGUCGAGGUCAGCAGAGCUAUUUCAGUGCGAGGUGGAGGCUGAAUGACGGGUUUGCGAGCGCCACGGCUAUAAUGAUGUGGCCGUGAGAGGAACAGGACGGACAAAAGAAGGCCACUAAUUUUGGUCAGAGGCAGAAAAAAAAAGAGUUAAGACACACCCAGAGAGAACGAUGCUGGAGAAACGUCUCAGUUAUUCCAUCCAAGUUCACCUCCACUGAAGCUGAAGUCUGAGUCUCUCUCUGCUGAUCUCUCAGUGCAGAAAGGUCCAGUUUGGACUUUCUUCAGGAGGUAACAAAGCUGAGCGACGGAGAAAAAGGAGGUUCAAGAGCAGAGAGAGACUCUCCACUCUGAGCCUCAUGGUGAGGAUCCUGUAAGGAACUGGAGAGAAGGGUCAGCAUCAUUACACUGCAAAAAAGGAGGGUCUAAAAACAAGAUAAAUGAUCUGUCCAUGCAGCAAGAUCAUUUCACUAAACAAGAUUUCUUAAAUGAAGAUUGUUCAGUCUAGAAAUAAUCAUGUCUACAAAUGUAUUUGGAAGAUUAAAGUCAGACAAACAUGCUGGUUUAAGAUCAGAUGAUUCAAAUGUAACUUUUCCAGCCUUAAAAUCAGUGAAAUAAACUAAAUAAAAGUAUAAAAUAAGUCUAAAAUUCUGGUUUGAAGAUGAGAUAACUCAGAGCUACCUUUUGGAAACACUGGAGAUAAAAAUAAAAAAUAAAUAAAUUAUUAAAUAAAUAAUGGUGAAAAGAAAGACUAAAACCUGAUGGACUAAAAACAAGAAAAUAAUGUAAAACAAAAAAGUAAGUAAGCGCUCUCUACCAUAUAAAAGGGGUAAAAGAAGUAAAAACCUGAGGGGAGUUAAAAAAAGACAAAGAACAGAGAUAAUUAAUAAAAUGACUUCAAAUCAACAUGAAGAACUUUGAUUAAAAUGAACAUUUACAAUAAGAGAAAUAUUAAAAGGUUGUUUGAUAGAAGAUUAAAGUGAAAGACUUCAGAGAAGAAAUUCAGUCUGAAAACCGGAGAAAUGAUCCGACACUUCUGGAUCUACGUUUGUUUGUUUUCUUGGUAAAAACUGGAUCAUUUACAGUUUGUGACUGAAGGUUGGACCUGUUUCUCAGGUGUGCUGCAGACACACCUGAACACUGAUGUGACAGAGGAGAGACUCUCACCUGAGGAGCAGAUUCUCCUCCUGCUUUUCUGCUGAUGGAUGUAGACUGCUUUGGUUCCUUCAGAGUCUGUCUGAGGAGAAAAUAAGACAGAGAGAGGACAGGAAACCAUCAUCAGCUGAUCCAAAUAUGAUCACCUCUACUCCAGUAUUUUGGGAUAAAUCCUCAGUGAUGUUUUUGGUGUCGUCUCAGACAUGAUGGGUGUCAUGAAGGUGUGAGUUAAAGGUGGAGAUUGGAGGGUGCAGGUGUUCAGUCCUGGACUUUAACCCUCUCUAUAUUUAGUCCUCCAGCAUCUGUUUAGACUGUGAGAGAGCUGUUUGUGUGAGCUGGCUGCAGAACAGGUUUCCUGUUUGAGACGAUGAGGAGAAGAAGAAGCUGCUGUGGUCUGAAGGAUCUUCAUAAUAAACCUGAGUGUAGGAGGAUUUUCCAAAACCACAACUAGUCCUGAAGACGACUCUAAACCUCACUGCUUUAAACGUGUGAAGUUUUCUUUAACCUGCAGACCUGUGCAGAGGUGGACUGUCAAACCUCCAUCAGCAGACUGAGCAGCAUUUUCUCCUUACCUUUCACUUAUUUCAGGGCUGUAGAAGAUAAACUUCAAGUAAUCUGAUCUUAGAAUCAGCAUUUAUACUUAAUUUUACGCUAAAUUUCAGUAGAUUUCACUUAUUUUAUAUAAGUGUAUAAUUAAAUUUAAAGUAAUCUGAUCUUAAACCAGCAUGUUUGUCUGACUUUAAUCUUCCAAAUACAUUUGUAGACAUGAUUAUUUCUAGACUGAACAAUCUUCAUUCAAGAAAUCUUGUUUAGUGAAAUGAUUUUGCUGCAUGGACAGAUCAUUUAUCUUGUUUUUAUUCCCUGUUCCCUCAGAUUUAGUGUUUUUAUCUUGUUUUUAGUGUUUUUAUCUUGUUUUAAUCUUGUUUUUAGACCCCCUUUUUUGCAGUGAAGCUCACAGAUGUUCUGGACUUUUCCUCCUGCAGGUUUUUUAGAUGGAGGGGGGUCGGUCGGUCGGUCGGUCGGUCGGUCGGCCCCGGGUGUGGCCCCUCUCAGCGCUCCUAAAUAAAGUGAAACCACGACUCUGACUCUAACCAAACCUAUAAUCCAGCCUCUGCGGUUUCUCCUGAAAUAACUCAAAGUGCUUUAGAGACGUGGGGAGAGGCUCCACCACAUAAUGAGUACUUAGGACGGCGGCGUUGAACUGCUCAGACUGAACUAUGCAGCUCUGAGCGGCCAGCAGGGGGCGAUCCUUUCUUUGUUUGACUGAUUCAGAGAGUUUAAAUAUCACUCAGCUCUUAUUCUCUCUGUUUUCUCUUGUAUAUAAUCAUGAUCCCAGAGGUCUGGAUAACUGUGAGAAAAGAGGAGAAUUCAGUUUCAUGUUGAGAGCUGCAGAGAUGAUUACAGAUGAUAACACGCUCCGCACAGACACCUUUAUCACCGUCUCAUUUAACCACCGUCUGUCUCAGACAGGUAACGAGAGCGCCACUAAAGAACCUCUGAUUUCAUCCACGUCUGGAUCUGAUGAUUUAUGUUCAGACUCUCUGAAGUUUGUCUUUAAAUCAUGAAAAUUUAACAUCUUUAAAGCUGUUUUUGCUCAUAAACUUAAAUAAUUAUAGUUUGUCUGCAGAAAUCUGAAACCCGAGUCUUUCUGCAGGAAUUACAGAGUAAAGGUUAAAUUAGUUUGAUGUUGACUGAGCUCCUCAGUUUUGUAGUUUUUGUUUCCUCCAAAGGUCCCCAGGUUGAUAUUUCUCUCAUUAGUUGCUUUAAAAAUGUAGAAAUAUGAACUUUAAAGUAGAUUCAAUAAAAUAAAGUUAGUUAAUUUACUGGAUCCACAGUCUGGUUCUGAUGAUUUAUGUUCAGACUCUCUGAAGUUUGUCUUUAAAUCAUGAAAAUUUAACAUCUUUAAAGCUGUUUUUGCUCAUAAACUUAAAUAAUUAUAGUUUGUCUGCAGAAAUCUGAAACCCGAGUCUUUCUGCAGGAAUUACAGAGUAAAGGUUAAAUUAGUUUGAUUGGAUUUUAUGACUGAGCUCCUCAGUUUUGUAGUUUUUGUUUCCUCCAAAGGUCCCCAGGUUGAUAUUUCUCUCAUUAGUUGCUUUAAAAAUGUAGAAAUAUGAACUUUAAAGUAGAUUCAAUAAAAUAAAGUUAGUUAAUUUACUGGAUCCACAGUCUGAGCGGACUUUCUGAAGUUUUUCUGCAUCACUUACUGUCUUUAAAUCAUGCAAACUCCACACAUUUAAAGCUGUUCUUGCACAUAAACUUAAAUAAUUAUAGUUUGUCUGCAGAAAUCUGAAGUAAACCUCAGAUUAGUUUUCUGGUUUGACGACUGAACUCCUCAGUUUUGUAGUUUUUGUGUCCUAAAUGUGGAAAUAUGAACUUUAAAGUAGAUUAAAUAGAAUAAAGUUCGUUAACUGAACAGAUCCACAGUCUGAACAGCUCGUCUCUUUAAUGUCGUGUAUUUAAAGGACCGAAAACAACAUUUAAGUCGUCAAACCGCCGCUUUAAUUUAAUAAACAUGUUUUAAUUUAAUAAACAUGUUUUAAUUUAAUAAACAAGUUUUAAUUUAAUAAACAUGUUUUAAUUUAAUAAACAAGUUUUAAUUUAAUAAACAUGUUUUAAUUUAAUAAACAUGUUUUAAUUUAAUAAACAAGUUUAAAUUUAAUAAACAUGUUUUAAUUUAAUAAACAUGUUUUAAUUUAAUAAACAAGUUUUAAUUUAAUAAACAUGUUUUAAUUUAAUAAACAAGUUUUAAUUUAAUAAACAAGUUUUAAUUUAAUAAAGAAGUUUUAAUUUAAUAAACAUGUUUUAAUUUAAUAAACAAGUUUUAAUUUAAUAAAGAAGUUUUAAUUUAAUAAACAUGUUUUAAUUUAAUAAACAAGUUUUAAUUCAAUAAACAAGUUUAAAUUUAAUAAACAAGUUUUAAUUUAAUAAACAUGUUUUAAUUUAAUAAACAAGUUUAAAUUUAAUAAACAAGUUUUAAUUUAAUAAACAUGUUUUAAUUUAAUAAACAAGUUUAAAUUUAAUAAACAAGUUUUAAUUUAAUAAACAUGUUUUAAUUUAAUAAACAUGUUUUAAUUUAAUAAACAAGUUUUAAUUUAAUAAACAUGUUUUAAUUUAAUAAACAAGUUUAAAUUUAAUAAACAUGUUUUAAUUUAAUAAACAUGUUUUAAUUUAAUAAACAUGUUUUGUCUGCCAACCUCUAAUAUUUCGUGUUUAUUCUACCUAAAUAUGAACUUAUAUUAUCCUAACAUCAGAGGGACCGGCCUCACUUUUAUACUCUUCAUUCUUUCAUGAAUCUGAUAUUUUCGGUGUUUUUAUCGUAUAUUUUCACGUGUAAUCUCAUGGACAUUAUUAGUCAUCGCUCUUCUCUUUCAUUCCCUACAAUGCCAGUAGCCUACAGGUUAAAUCGUACAUUUCUGACUUCCGACAAGCUAAUGUUAGCAUUAACUUUACCGAGAUUCGAUGCGCACACUGACAUUUAUGUCAAGUUCCAGACAACAGUUUAAUUAAUUAAGUGGUCAUGUGACUCAUGUUUGAUACUCGAUCAUGACGUCGCUCCAGUCGAGCCGAGAACUUUGAAGCAGGAAGAAGAGGCGGUCACGGGUUUCAGUUUGUGGAUCUGUCAUGCAAUGACCUACACUGUCCAGCAGGGGCGCAGGUAGGGGGAGGUCCUGCCCUCCUUCGCCUCUGGUUGGCUAGAAGUUGAGGGUUGGGAUUACUUUUGGUUUAAGCGUGUGAUGACGUUUCCAGGUUUUCUAGCCAAUCAGAGGCGAAGGAGGCGGGACCUUCCCCUACCAUUCGCCUCUGAAGACACGGACUAUUGACGUGUUUUUUUCAGGUGUUUCAAUCAUUAAUCUUUUCCUUCUGUGACGAGAGGAGAUCUCGUUUCAGUCAGACCUGUUUCUCCUGCUCCUCCUCCAAGAAGAAGUGAGAGCUCUGAUCUUCUGUGAACUCCUGUGCUCCUCCUCCUCCUCCUCCUCCUCCUCCUCCUGCUCCUCCUCCUCCUCAUCAGAGCUCUCGUUCUCUUUACGAAGACUCCUGCUCCCACGACGGGACGGUCCGCUCCAACGAUGAGAUCUGGAGUCCUGAUCCGUGCCGAGUCUGUAUCUGUGAGAAGGGGACGGUGUUUUGUGAGGACGUGGUCUGUGAGGACCUGAAUGACUGUGAGGACUCGGAGGUCCCGGAGGGCGAGUGCUGCCCCGUGUGCGUGUCUGCAGGCGCUGGUAAACUCGAACCCUGAAAGCCUGAAAGCCUCUCUGCAGCUGUCCGUCCGUCUGUCCGUCCGUCUGUGUUUACGUCUGAGGGUCUCAGUGAGGACUGCUGGGCCUUGGUCUGGUCUCCUGAAGCUCUCCUCUUCAGGGUCUCAGCACUAAGACCUUGUCGGAGUUUCCCGUGGACUGUGGCGUGUUUGUGAAUCAGGAAUACGUCGACCUUUUGUCCGAUAAGAUCUCCUCUCGGCAGACGCAGAGGAAACAUCUUACCGUCCAAAUCUCCGUGUAUUCCUCUGGGAAACCUUCGAUCUGCAGACUCUGUUAAAGCCUGUAUAUGGGAUUUUUUUCAUGCGUGACUUUGGCGCCCCCUGCUGGUUGUGGCGCUGAAAUCACUCAGAAUGACCCAUAGAGGAGCUUGAAUCUGUGUGUGGAUAUCUGCAGGCAUGAGCGUAGAUCUGAGUCUGUCUUUGACGUCCUCGUCUGUCUGUAUUUCCUGUUUCUGAGUUAACGCGCUCCGUCUCGUCUCUUAAAGGUACAUGCACAGAAAACGGGAAAGUCCACGCCAACGGGGACAUGUGGAGUCCGGAGCCGUGUCGGAUCUGUAUGUGCGAGGACGGCAGGGCCGUGUGUGAAGACGUGGUGUGUGAGGACGUCGGCGACUGUGAGAAAACUCUGACUCCUGAGGGCGAGUGCUGCCCCGUGUGCCUGACUGCAGGCUCCGCGUCGGCGUCCAGGCCUCAGACCACAGGCAGCAUCGGUAAACACCCCUUUAACCUGUCCUCUGACCUGGGAUUUACACCACGUCCAGAACGGCUGCGAUUUUCUCUGUCCGCCAAUUCCUACCGGAUCCGUUUGUGAGGCAAAUUUCGUGGUGGAUUACGGACAGCGAUAAUCACGAGAACUCACAAGAACCCACGGAUUUAGACGAUCAGGAUGAAGGUGGAAAUUUGGGGGUUUUUAGACGUCAUUUCACCCCGAUGACUCCAUGGAUGAGGAGAUGCUGAUUCUAGAAGUCUAGAAGUAGAUUUCCUCCUCUGGAAGGACACAAUCUACUGCUUAUAUGUCUAUGUGUCUGUCUUUAGAGAGACAACUCGUUAUCGAGCGAUUGAACGUGAAUCUGAGGGUUCUCGUGAGUUCUCAUGAUUACCGCUGUCCGUAAUCCGCCACAAAAUUGACCUCACAAACGGAUCAAGUAGAGAUUGGCGGUGGAUGUUCUGGAUGCGGUGUAAAUUGACAUAUUAACUUGAAUGGUUACGAUCAGCUACAAUCGGCAGAUAAAGACAUUUGUACCCGUGUUGAAUGCGGUGGAUUUGGCGGUAACUCUCUUCCUGUCUGUCCUCAGUCUCGGCUGCAGAUGAGACUCCGGCGGAGAGCUGCACCGUGGACGAGCAGGUCUACAAACACAACGACAUCUGGAAACCAGAACCCUGCCGGGUCUGCGUCUGCGACAACGGCGUGGCCGUCUGUGACGAGGUCCAGUGUGAGCUGAUCUCGAACUGUGAGAAGGUCGUCACGCCUGAGGGCGAGUGCUGCCCUGUCUGCCAGAACUUCGCCAGCGCCGGCAGGAUGAUCGGUGAGAGGAGCUCUACGUCUGUGAUUGUAUGUUUGUGUUCUGGUCCAGGACUUCAGUCAGCCCGGUCCAGAACCCGGUCCUGGUGCUGUUUUAGUGUGUCACAGACUCCCACCUGUGUUCAGGCUCAUCACUGAUUGGCUCGUCUUCACUGCGAAUCAGAAAAGAGAGUUUAAAUCAAAAAUGACGUAAAGAAGUUUUAGAAAUAAAAGUCUGAAAAAUAAGAAGAGAAGCUGUGAAACCAUCAGAACCAGAACCAGAACCAGAACCACGCUGAGAGCUGUUCCAGUUAUACUUGGAAAUCCCGAUUUCUGAGCUCCAAGUCGGAAAAUCAUCUGGAAUGCUUACUUUGACCGACUAUAAGACAAGCGCUAAAAUAACUUUCCUAGAUGUAGCCAUCUUGUCUCCGCCUCCGAUUUUGCUUUUUUCCGACUUCGUAACUGAAACGUUGUCAACUCGGUUGUUACGUCAUUUUCAGCUCCGACUUCUGAGGUAACUCCAACGCAGCACAACAACUGGUUUAAACGCUGAAAUGACGACAAAACAGCAAAGCAGUGAUUCCACACUAGCCCCGCCCACUUUUCAUAACCGCUGAAUCAGCUAAAAUGAUUCUGACCACCUGUAAGUCCUGCUCUCAGGGGUCAGGUGCGUUUGAGUUUCCUGUAGACGUCAGAAGUCCGAGCUGAAAAUUCCGACUUUGUAACUGAGACGCGGAAACAAGAUGGCUACAUCUACGAAAGUUAUCAGUCCAAAUAUAAGGUAAGCGCUAAAAUAACUUUCUUCCGACUUUGUAACUGAGACGCUGAAAACUGGGAUGUGACGUCAUUCCCAGCUCUGACCGCCGCGUUAGUGUGCCGACUCUAACCGUGUCCCUCUGUGUCUCCUCGCAGAUAUCAUGGGCUUCAAGGUGAGCUGUGAUUGGUUCAUAUCAAACCUUAAACUCUGGUCUGUUAAAGUGGGUCAUGUGGUUCUGAUUCUUGUGGUUCUGGUUUCAGGGACAGAAAGGCGAACCAGGUGACAUCCCCUACGUAAGUACCGACCCGCUGAUCCACUGUGGUCCUCUUUAUAGUUCUGGUCUGAUGUGGUCUGAGGAGGGUCCGACUGAGUCUGUUUCUUCUCUCAGGUGGUCGGACUUCCUGGACCUACAGGACCUGCGGUGAGUUCUCCGUGUCUCUCUGGAUCCUGAACCAUGAAUUCAACACGCAGAGGUCUGUGUUCUGGUUUCAACACUAGGGGGCAGCAGAGUCCAGAUCAGGGAGACCUGUCAAUGUCAAUGUCAAUGUCAGCUUUAUUUAAAUAUCCCGUUAAAAACAGCCAGUGGUCUACCAAAGUGAUUUAGGGUCAAAUAACCCGAGACGAUCAAAACAAUCAAAACAUAAAACAACGAUAAACACAGUAAAAGAGCCGAUAAGAGCAGCUCUAUCUCCCCAGAGCUAACGUGAACGGGUGCGUCUUCAGAAGGGUUUUAAAGGUGAAAGGAUCGAGGAACGUCUAAAACCACCUGAUCAGCUGACCUCGGGGCUCUGGAGGGCUGACGCAAUUAAACAAAGUCAGAGAGAUAUUCUGAGGCCGACCCAUUCAGAGACUUAAAAACAAAUAAAAGACUCUUAAAAUCCAUCCUGUACCCAACAGGGAAGAGAGGAAAGCACCGGAGUUUACAGUUUCCGACCCAGGAUUUGUGUCUGUGCCCGACUUCCUUUCCAGCACGGGUUAAUCUGAAUUUAUCCGCCAUGCUCCGGUGAUCCGCAGAGGAACGGAAAGAAGUCGGUGUAAAUUGACACGUUAACUUGAAUGGUUACGAUCAGCUACGAUCGGAGGAUACGACCUUUUAGGAGACGAUCAGGAUGAAGGUGGAGAUUGGGGGUUAGUCCUAGUUAGGAGACGAGCUGCAGGCGGUUGAGCUCUGACUUGCAGAAUUGCAAUAAUCGAAACAAGAUUUUCAAGGUCCUUCUGGCCUAAAUACGGUUGAACUCUGGCGAGAACCCUCAGCUGAAAAAAGAUUGAUUUGACCUUUGCGCUGACCUGUUUGUCAAGUUUAAAAUCCCCAUCGAUAAUCGAACCAGGAUUCCUGACAUGUAAGGUGCCAGUGAGCCGGCAAGGACCUGAACCGGGUCAGGGGGACCGAGCAGGAAGACCUCUGUUUGGUUUUCAUUGAAUUUGAAGAAGUUCAGAUCCCUCCACGUCUCGACAUCUAAAAACGGACCCCAGGUGGAGAACAGGUGACAGGUUUAACAGUUUUUGACCCUCUAUGUUGACCCCCCAGGGUCCUCCAGGAGCUCAGGGACACCCUGGACCCAGAGGCUUCAAAGGCAGACGGGUACGUCUCACUGAUCCUGAACCUGAACCUUGUCACCAUGGCGACGGUCAGCACAUAAAACCUCUCUGCUUGUCUCCUCACUCUUCCAGGGUUUUCCAGGACCUCCAGGAUUUGACGGAGAGCCCGGCGUGCCGGGAAACCCAGGACAGCCCGGACCUCCAGGCCAGUCCGCCCCCCCUGGAGUGAGUCAUUGAAUCUAAAAACCAUCUUUGGUGGGAAAGUAAGGGGGGCUGAUCUAAAGACCUGUCUGAUCCUGUCUCAGGGGAACAUCCUGUCCCAGAUGGCCUCAGGGUUCAACGAGAAGUCCGUGGUGGCCUCCAUGGUCCAGGGGACUCGGGUGAGUAGGUGCUGGUAAAACAAAAACAACCUGGAAAGUUUGGAUGUUUUCAGCUGCAGAGUUUGAAUUUUCUUGAUUUCAGGGGGAAGCAGGACCAAGAGGACCUCCAGGGUCAACAGGACCACCUGUAAGUCCUGCUCUCAGGGGUCAGAUCUAGGGACUUUGUUGGAGGGACAUGAGUCUAAAGUAAACCUGGUUUUUCUCCCCGGUCAGGGUCCAAGUGGAGGUCAGGGAAUCCCAGGAGAGGCUGGAGAUCCAGGACUGAUGGUGGGAAGAGUUUCUCUUUGGGUUUGGGUCCAGGUCCGGUUUCUGCUCAGACCUUUAACUGUUGUUCUGUCCUCUCCACAGGGUGAACCGGGUCACCGAGGACCUGACGGCCCCCCUGGAAAAGCAGGAUCUGAUGUAAGACAGAAACAGAGACGUGUCUGAUUAAAAGGAGCCGUUCGAUAAACGGGUCAGUCAUCUUCUUCUUCUUCUUCUGCUCAGGGAGAACCUGGACCCGCAGGAGCUACAGGAGAACCAGGAUUCUCAGGAUCUGCGGUAAUCCGAGCUUUGAAAACAGAACUGGACCUGAUCCGGUUCACGGAAACUAGUGAUGGGAAGAACCGAUCUUUGGACUGAAUCUUUAGAAUCGGUUUAUUAAAACGAUUCGUUCAAAAGAUUCGUUCAAACGAUUCGUUCAAAAGAUUCGUUCAAAAGAUUCGUUCACUGAAUCAGCCAGUGAUGUCAGUCAGUGAUGAAAAUGUCACAGUAAAGCAUGAUUAAAAAAUUUCCAAUUCUAGUAUGAAAAAAAAAUCAUGUUAUAGUAUGUUUAAAAAAAAAUCAUAGUAUCGUAUUAAAAAAAUUCAAAUUUUAGUAUGAAAAAAAGUCAAAGGAGAAAAUAUUAAAAAUUCAUAGUCAAGUAGGAUAAAAACUCAACUGAGAAAGUUCAGAGGAGGGCAGGAAAGGGUUAAUACUGACACCUAGAGGCUGUCAGCUGUUACUGCAGGAGUGAAAGGGUUAAUACUGACACCUAGAGGCUGUCAGCUGUUACUGCAGGAGGACCCCGUUUAGAUCAGGACCAGCAUCUUCACUGAGACUUUAUUCGGAUCUCUCUUCCAGGGUUCAAGGGGGUUUCCAGGACUUCCAGGUCACCCAGGACUGAAAGGACAUAAGGUCAGACCCAGAAGGUCAAAACUCUCCAACACUUAGACCAGACUUUGAGUUCAGAGAACCAACUGUCUUCUUCUCUUGAAUGUCUCCAUCAGGGACACGCCGGUCUUCCAGGACCCAGAGGAGAGUCUGGAGCUACAGGACUGAAGGUACCUGGAACCACAGACCAACAUGAGUCCUCCUUUAGUUUUGAUGCAGGUCUACAGAGUCUCUCUCUCUCUCUCUGUGUUUCAGGGAACUUCAGGGACUCCAGGUGGUCCUGGUGCUCCAGGUCCUCAGGUGGGAGAACCUUCAGUUGAACUCAAACCUUUCAGGUACGCGCUCGGGGGCGGGGUUUUCACUGACCUGCUGAUCUCUUUCAGGGUCCAGCCGGGAUGCAGGGAGAGAGAGGGCGGAUCGGGUCGAGCGGUCCUGUGGUGAGAGAACAGAACCUCCUUUAGUUUGUCUGAGGAGAAUCAAACCAGGAUCUGAAACCGGGUCUUCUCUUUCAGGGCAAACGUGGAGCCAACGGUCACGUGGGAAAACCAGGACCUCUGGUAAAGAGAACUUUGUUAUCGUUUUAUCGCCCAGUCCUCUCGGAAACGCCGAGACCUUAGAGGGACUUAGAAACCACGUCAAAGAUGGACCCUUUAAAACCAGGUCUUCUCCUCCACAGGGUCCAAUAGGAAUCCCAGGAGUACCAGGUUUCCCCGGAGGUCCAGGAAUGAAGGUGAGACCCACAAAAACCUCCUUUUUCAUGAACCAGCAGACCCCCCUCUGACGGGGUGGAGUUUGGCGCCCCCUCUGGGCAGCUCUGGGGUCUCUCUGAACCUCACUUUAGUUCUGGAUCUUGGAUCAAACUGAGACAUGUCUCUGGAUCUGAUGUAGGGCGAAGCCGGACCCACAGGGGUCAGAGGAAGUCCAGGACCACAGGGAUCCAGAGGGGACUCAGGUCAUGCAGGACCACCUGGAAAAACCGGACAGCAGGUGAGUCCAGAAAGGAGAAGAGGAGGAUCCUGAGUCCUGGUCCAGGACCGUUUCUGACCCUGUUUGUUGUUUUGUUGUGGAUCAGGGAGCCGAAGGAGCCGAUGGAGGUCCAGGACCCCGGGGACAAGCCGUGAGUCCAGCUUCAGGAACCUUCAGUAAAGACUCAGACCUCCACCUCCUAAAACCGUCUCCACCUUCUUCUUCUUCUUCUUCUUACAGGGUCUGGCUGGUGUUCAGGGUCCAGCAGGGUUGCUGGGGCCUCCAGGUCCCCCUGGCCCUCAGGGGACCACAGGAACACCAGGACCAAAGGGACAGCUGGUAUGUGGACUUCACUGUCUCAGUUUUCCUUUGACUAAAACGUCCCGCCCUUCGCCGUUCUGACCUACGUCCUGUUUUCAGGGCGACGUCGGCGUCCCCGGAUUCAAAGGAGAACCUGGAGCCAAAGGAGAGCGAGUGAGACCCCCGAAGACCCUGAAGGUUCAGAACCGCUUCAGACAUGAACCUGGUUUUGAGGUAGUUCUGCUCUCUGGUCCUUUUUAGGGGGAUCACGGUGUUCCUGGUCCGAUUGGUCCGAUGGGAGAAGACGGGAAACGAGGAUCUCGAGGUGACGGUGGAGAUGUUGGACCUCCAGGACCUCCAGGAGAGGCGGUGAGUCCAGGUCUACUUCAGACCUGAACCCUUUGGAUCCUGUUUUACCUCCAUCCAAAAACAGACAUGCAGAUAAGAGUUCAUAAACACACGCUCAAAACACCUGUUUUUAAUGGAAGUCUAUUGGCCGAUUUGAGGACAAAGUAGGGUGGGCGGAGCUAAAAUGACGGAGAACUACAGGAGAGUUUUUUUUAGAUUUUCCGAUCUUUAAAACUGAGACGGUCGGCUCAGAAUAAACGGACCGAGGAGGAACCGAAGGGUUCAAAUCAAAACUGACAAAAACCUUCCAUGAUUUUCCAGGGAGCUCCAGGAAACCGAGGAUUUCCAGGUGCAGACGGUCUACCUGGACAGAAGGUGAGUGGACCCACACCAGAACCCGGGUCUAACCAUCAGUACCAGCCUGAUCCUGAUCCUGUUUGAGAGCCCCUCUGUGUCUCUGCUCCUCCACAGGGAGCUCAGGGGGAACGAGGACUUCCAGGAUCACCUGGAGCCAAAGGUUUACUCGGAGAUCUGGGACGCGGUGGAGAGCCGGGUCUGACGGGAGCUCGGGUAAGUCCGACAGAGUCUGAUGUCCAUCCUGGUCCUGGUGGGUCCUUCAAAAGUCUCCAGUUCUAACGUGUGACCUGUUUUAUUCCUCAGGGUCUGACGGGACUGAUCGGGCCUCAGGGAGCAGAAGGAAAACCAGGACCCAUGGUUUGUUAAACAGGGACCUGGAAAAGUCUGGAAAAGUCUUGAAUUAUACUGUCAAAGUCAUGGAGAGGUCUCUAAAGUCCUUCUUCUCGGUCCUGAUUAAACCUUCUCGUCUCUCCAGGGUCUAGCAGGAGACGACGGUAAACCGGGUCCAGCAGGUCCUGUAGGAAACAGAGGUGCAGCCGGACACAUGGGUCUGCCGGGUCCAAAAGGGUUCACGGUCAGUCUGAGGUCUUUACUCUUCAACCUUCUUGGUGGUCCAGAUCAGAACGUGGACUUUCUGUUUUUCAGGGAGAUGCCGGGAAGAUCGGAGAAGCGGGCAGCGCUGGACCUCCAGGUCAAAGGGCAAGUCCUUCACUAGUCCACCUUCAGGGUUCAGGGUUCAGGGUCUUACCUGAGACUAAACUGACAGGUGUUCUUCUGACCCACAGGGGGUCAACGGGAAAGACGGAGAGACCGGUCCUGCUGGUCCCACCGGUCCAGCUGUAAGUUUCUGAAUUCUCCUUCUUUACCAGCAGUUCGUACCAGGAUGUAGUAAACACACCGCAGGAGAAAAGAAGCCGGGUGUUUUAUUUUGAAAAGAAGCCGGAUGUUUUAUUUUGAAAAGAAGCCGGACGUUUUAUUUUGAAAAGAAGCCGGACGUUUUAUUUUGAAAAGAAGCCGGACGUUUUAUUUUGAAAAGAAGCCGGAUGUUUUAUUUUGAAAAGAAGCCGGAUGUUUUAUUUUGUGUCUGUGCCCGACUUCCUUUCCAGCACGGGUUAAUCUGUGCUGAAUUUAUCCGCCAUGCUCCGGCGUCCAGAAAAAAUAGAACUCUUGUGAUCAGCUGAGGAGUCCGGCGAUCCGCAGAGGAACGGAAAGAAGUCGGUGUAAAUUGACACGUUAACUUGAAUGGUUACGAUCAGCUACGAUCGGAGGAUACGACCUUUUAGGAGACGAUCAGGGUGAAGGUGGAGAUUUGGGCGUAACUUUGCUGUAUUUACAGCACCGUGACGAGAAUCAAACGCCGCCAGAACAUUGACGAGUCGCUGCAGAGACAGAACAUGUUCUGAUGGUUUUGGGCUGAAAAAUCCAGAAAUAAUUAAAUUAAAACAGAAAAGAUUUUUUUCAGUGUGUAAAAGGAGUAUGACGGACUUCUCCAAACUGGAAAUGAAGUAUCUCCUGUAUACUACUAUAGAACACAGUACUCAGUAUGUAGUAUCUCCUGUAUACUACUAUAGAACACAGUACUCAGUAUGUAGUAUCUACUGUAUACUACUAUAGAACACAGUACUCAGUAUGUAGUAUCUACUGUAUACUACUAUAGAACACAGUACUCAGUAUGAAGUAUGUACUGUAUACUACUAUAGAACACAGUACUCAGUAUGAAGUAUCUACUGAAUACUACUAUAGAACACAGUACUCAGUAUGUAGUAUCUCCUGUAUACUACUAUAGAACACAGUACUCAGUAUGAAGUAUCUCCUGUAUACUACUAUGGAACACAGUACUCAGUAUGUAGUAUCUACUGUAUACUACUAUAGAACACAGUACUCAGUAUGAAGUAUCUACUGUAUACUACUAUGGAACACAGUACUCAGUAUGAAGUAUCUCCUGUAUACUACUAUAGAACACAGUACUCAGUAUGAAGUAUCUCCUGUAUACUACUAUGGAACACAGUACUCAGUAUGUAGUAUCUACUGUAUACUACUAUAGAACACAGUACUCAGUAUGUAGUAUCUACUGUAUACUACUAUAGAACACAGUACUCAGUAUGUAGUAUCUACUGUAUACUACUAUAGAACACAGUACUCAGUAUGUAGUAUCUCCUGUAUACUACUAUAGAACACAGUACUCAGUAUGUAGUAUCUCAGCAGGAGUACACAGUAGGCCAAAUCAAAAACAGCCUCAGAGUCUGAGCAGCAGACCUCAGACAGGAAGUGAUGUCAUCAUGUGUAAACCCUGUUUCCUGUUUGUUCCUCCUCCAGGGUCCUGCAGGAAAGAGAGGAGAACAGGGACCUCAGGGACUCCACGGCUUCCAGGUAAACCUGGACCUCUAAAAACCCGGAGAGGGUUUAUCUGAUGUGGGGGUUCUGAUUAUUCAUGUUCAGGGGUUUAAACUCGGGUUUGUGGUUUUAGGGUUUACCGGGACAGCCGGGACCUCCUGGAGAGUCCGGGAAACCAGGUGAUGAGGGUCUGGCUGGAGAGGCCGGGGCUGCAGGAGGGACCGGUCCGAGGGUGAGUCCACCUGAGUCCACCUGAGUCCACCUGUCCUGACCUGUCUUUAAAGGGGGGCGGUUCUUCUUUAAUGAUGUUUGUUCCUGCAGGGAGAGCGAGGUCCUCCUGGAGAGAGAGGUGACAUCGGACCCAACGGCCUGCAGGGACCCAAAGGGAGUCCAGGUGGACCCGGUCCUGAUGGACCAAAGGUAUGAAGACCAUAAAACCUUUAAACCAGGACUGGUGGAUCCAGAUCAGAACAGGAAGUUUAAGAGUCACAUGAUCUUCAUCAAAGUCCACCUCCUCCACCUUUCAGGGUAGCACCGGUCCAGCUGGUUCUGUAGGAGAACCAGGAGGUCCAGGACUUCAGGGCAUGCCUGGAGAGAGAGGACAAUCAGGACCAAGUGGACCCAAAGGAGACGCGGUGAGUUCCCGGUCCCGGUCCCAUGAUGAGCAGGUUCUGAGUGAGUCCACCUUCUAAUGGUGUUCUGGUCCUCCUGUCAGGGUUCUGUUGGAGAUAAAGGACUGGAGGGGAAGGCUGGAGCUGACGGGGCCCGGGUGAGACUCCGGACUGUUCUGGACUGUUCUCAGAACCAACCACACACACACACACACACACACACGCGUGAUACUAACCCUGAAACGUUUUUUGUUCUGAUUGAAGGGUCUCCCUGGACCUGUUGGACCUGUCGGUUCUGCUGGACCAAACGGGGAGAAGGUGGGCUGAGAGUCCUCGUAUCUGGGGGGUCACUCUGUUGUUCAAGAGUCUCCGUUUCCAUAUUUGGUGAGAGCUUUGAUCUGAUUGGCUGUUCUUUAUUCCAGGGUGAACCAGGACCACCAGGACCAACGGGGCGCCGAGGAACCCGAGGAAUUCCUGUGAGCAUUGAACCUUUUUUUUUUUUAAAUUUAAUUUAAUUUUUUAUUUAUUUUAUUUUUAUUUUAUUUAUUUUAUAUUAUAUUUUAUUUUGUUUUAUUUUAAUUAAUUUAAUUUUAAUCUAUCUAUUUAUUUAUAUUUUUAAUUUAAUUUAAUUUUUUAUUUUAUUUUGUUUUUAUUUAUUUAUUCAUUUAUUUAUCUAUUUAUCCACUUAUUUUAUUAGGUGACGCAGGACAGAUUAUGACAGAUUAUUACGGCAGGCAUUAAUUUUUUAAUGUAUAUAUGUGUGUUUCCAUAUAUAUUAUUAAUCUACCUGUUAUUCUUUUAUUUAUUUACCCACUUAUUAUUUGAUUUUGGUUAUUAUUAUUAUAUUUUAUUAAAUUGUGAUGCUUGUUGAGGAGAGAGUAAAAGAGUUUGAGUUCUGACUGAACAAAAAAAUACAAAAAUAAUUAUUAAUUUAAUAAUAGAGCAAAAAAAAUAAGGAGGAAAAAAAUAAUAGUAAUAAAAUAAAAUAAAAAAUAAGUGAAUCAAUAAAUACAUGAAUAAAAAUAAUAAAAAUUAAAAAUUAAAAACUUUAAACCUGAACUAACCCAGACCCGGAUCGAUGUUUUCAGGGCUCCACUGGAGACGCGGGUUCAACCGGUCCUGCUGGUUUCCAAGGACCUGCUGUGAGUUCCGGUUUUUAACAUAAACCAGUUUUUAAAAAAGGUCCAAACACCAACUUUACGCUAACUUCCUGUUUCCUGCUCAGGGUCCUGACGGUCAGCCGGGGGUCAAAGGUGAAACAGGUGAGCUGGGCCUGAAGGGAGAAGGAGGAUCACCUGGACCUCAGGGGACGGCGGGGAAACCCGGAGAGCAGGGUCCAGGUGGCGUGACCGGCCUGAAAGGGGGCAGAGGGACUCAGGGACAGACGGUGGGUUCAAAGACCUUCUCAGAAGGUCCUCGUCUUUCUGUUCUGACCUCGGUUCUGAUAGAACUCUUUCUCAUCCUCAGGGGGCUCCGGGUUUCCCUGGACUACCUGGAGGAAUCGGACCCGUCGGUUCUCUGGUGAGUGGACUCGUUUUGGACCGGGUUUUUGUGGUUAAAAACUGAAUCAGUUGAGUCCUUGAUCUGGUCUGGUUUUUUCAGGGUGCUGUUGGAGCUGAUGGACCGAUCGGAGCUCCAGGAAAACCAGGUCCUGCUGGGAUCCUAGGAGAACCAGGAGCUACUGGACGUCAGGGCGAGAGAGGACCCGCGGGACUGGCGGGCACCCCUGGAGAGAAGGGGGACUCUGGAGAGGACGGACCUGGGGUACGGGGGAGUGGUUCUGGUCCUCUAGUGGACUUCCAUGAAGAAGAACCAUGUCUGACUCUGCUCCUGUGUUUCUCCUUCAGGGUCCUGAUGGACCUCCAGGACCUGCUGGAACCACCGGACAGAGAGGAAUUGUGGGUCAGCCCGGCAGCCGAGGAGAGAGAGGCAUGCUUGGACUUCCGGGUCCUGCUGUAAGUCCGUCUCCUGACCCUCGUCCUCCUCUUUGAGUCUUUCUCCUUUAAUUCGUGUUUCCUGGUUCCUCAGGGUCCACCAGGCAAGAACGGAGCUCCUGGGACCCAGGGCACCACAGGGCCUCCUGGUGGAGUUGGUUUACCUGGAGCCACAGGACCGAGAGGAGAUGCAGGUCCAGAGGUUUGUCUCAGACCCUCACUGGGUUUUUUGAACAUUUAUUUAUUCAUUUUUAAUGUAUUUAUUUUAUUUUAUAAUUCUAUUUAUAUUUAGUUAUUUAUUUUAUUUCUUUAUUUUUGUUUUUGUUUUUUAUUGAUUUUUUGAGUUAUUUUAUUUUUUCUUAUUUUUAGAUUUAUUGAGUAAUUUAUUUUAUUUUUUAAAUUUAUUUUUUAUUGAUUUAUUGAGUUAUUUUAUUUUUUAUAAUUUAUUUAGUUAUUUAUUUUGUUUUUUGAAUUUAUUUUUUAUUUAUUCAUUCAUUGAGUUCUUUUAUUUUUUAUAAUUUUAUUUUUUAUUUAGUAAUUUAUUUUAUUUUUUAAGUUUAUUUUUUAUUUUUUAUUUAUUUAUUUGUAUCAAAAUUUUAUUUAUUUAUUAAUUUUUUAAAUUUUAUUUUUAUCAUGGAUAAACAUACAAAAUGAGUCCAAUCACAAUGAAACAUUUAUGGCAAAGCAAACAAACAUUUAUUACUUUAUUUUAUUUUAUUUUAUUUUUUUUAAUUAAAUUUUUUUUGUUUACAUUUUUUUUUUACUUUUUGUUUAUUUUAUUUUUAAAUUUUUUUGCAGUGUGUCCUCCAGUUUUUUGUCUGAGACCCUCUCUGGGUUCAAUAAGACAGGGAGAGACUGAAAUUCAAGUCCUUGUGGACCCGCUCUGAUCCACCAUGAGGACUUGUUUUUUUUAGUUUGCUGUCACCUGGUCUUGGUGUCUUUGGGGGUCCUUCAUGAUGGUCUUGGUGUCUUUAGGGGUCCUUCAUGAUGGUCUUGGUGUCUUUAGGGGUCCUUCAUGAUGGUCUUGUGUUUUUCAGGGACUCGCUGGAGCUGAGGGUCCUCCAGGAAAGGACGGACUCGUAGGAGAGCGGGUAAGAGGGCGCCGCCUUAGGUCAUGGACUGGAUUUGGGUCCAGCUGGGUAUUCUGAACAUUUCUGUUCCUGGUUUUUAGGGACAGCGGGGUAAUAGUGGUCCAGAGGGUCUGCCUGGGGUUACAGGGUCUCCUGGACCUGAGGGCCCUGUAGGACUGACAGGAGGUCCAGGUCCGAUCGGUGAAAAUGUGAGUUUUUAUUAAACAGAUCCAUCUAAAGACCAGGAUCCCUGAAGAUCCUGCUGCAGCAGGUUUUAAAGACGGUCCGGGUCUGUCUGUCUCUCUUCUAUAUGUAGGGCGGCCGAGGUCCAGCAGGACCCCCAGGAUCAGAUGGAGUCCGAGGAAAACCAGUAAGUCCGACGUUUAAAUAUUCAAGACCUCGGGUUCAGAAGAAAAACAAAAAAUAUGUUUUUAAAAACAUUAUUAUUAUUAUUAAAAUAAUAAUUAUUAUUAUUAAUAUCAUUAUUAUGGUUAUUAUUAUUAUUGUUAAGGACAGAUGACCUCCACGUAGUUAAAUGCGUUUGUUGUUUUUUGCGUCAUCAGGGCCCUCAAGGACCCCAAGGAGAGAAAGGAGCAGCUGGAGAUCAGGGGGAGCGGGGUCAGAAAGGUCACCGCGGGUUCACAGGACUCCACGGUCUGCCGGGAUCAGCGGUACGCUCAUCCUUUAACCUUUGACCUUGAAACGGUUACCUCCAUCGCCAUGGCAACAGCAUCAGGACCAGUUCUGUUCAAAGUCUUUUUUCUGUUUCAGGGUCAAACAGGAGAACCAGGAUCUACAGGUAUAAGUGGACCAGCUGGGUCGAGGGUGAGUGUCCACCAUGACCACCAUCACCAUCUUCAUCUUCAUCUUCAUCGUCAUCACUGAUACUCAAUCUUCAGACACAUAUAACCCCUUUGACCUUUGACCCUAACCUUGACUGUCUAGGGUCCUCCUGGAGUGGUGGGUCCUCCUGGAAAGGAGGGAUACAUCGGUCAGCCUGGACCUCAGGGAGCUCCUGGAACCAGAGGGUCCAUGGGUGACCUUGGAGAACAGGUUCUGGUUCCGACUCUGUUUCUCUGACAUCAUUGAUCGUAUAAUCUGUUACCUGUAGAGCUCCUAUGGAAGUCAAACUGUGCCAUCUGAAUUUGAAUUUCUAAAGCUGAAUAUUUUUGCAUCAAAAUCAGACUUUGAAGUUCAAGCAUGUAAUUUUUUAUUUAUUUUAUUAUUUCUUAUCGUAUUAAAUAUUUAUUUAUUUAUUUUAUUGUAUUUCUUAUUUGUUUUUUUUAUUAUUAUUUAUUUAGUUUUUAUUUUAUUUUAUUUAUAAUUUCUUUCCUUUCUUAUUUCUUACACUUUUUCUAUUUUCUUUCACAAUAAUGAAAUAAAUUCAGUGUAAAAAAUUUGGUCUCUCAAAAUAUUUGAUUAGUAAAAAUUCGACCUAAAAAACUGUCAAAGAAGUUUUUGAAAUUGAAUUUUUUUAUGUUGAAUUUUUUUAAGUUGAAGUUGAAAUUUCACUUAACAAAUCUUUUGAGAGAUCGAUUUUUUACACUGAAUUUAUUUCAUCAUUGUGAAAAAAUAAGUGUCAGAAAGUCUGAUUUUGAUGCAAAAAAAAAACACUUUAGAAAUUCAAAUUGAAAAUCAGAUGGCACAGAUUGACUUCCAUACAUAUUUUGAAAAUUAAAGCUCAAAUGGCUUUUUACAGAAUAAUCCGAGUUAUUACAGUUUGAAUUAUUUAUUUUUAACUUAUUUAAGAUCUUAGAAGUCCAGCUACUUUCUGAAAAUGAAAAUACAUUUCUGUUCAUCUAUUUUCAUUUAAAUUAUGGUACAAAUUUACUUCCGUACACUCCUUCCCUUCAUCUAAAAGAACUUUUCUUCUCUAUCAGGGUCCACAAGGAGAACCCGGACCACCUGGUCCUCCAGGACCCCCUGGACCUCCUACAGCAGCCGUGGAGGACCUAUACGUCCCCUCCUACGACUACGAAGGAAACGGCGGCGUCCCAGAAGCCGUGGACUUCGUGGAGGAUGAUGUAGCCGCCGAUCCUCCUCCUCCGCCUCCGGAGAUGAACAAAGACGAAGCCCUCCCCAACAAGAACCAGCAGGCGGUCCUGCGAGCGGACACGGGGGUCCACGCCACUCUCAAGACCCUCAGCGGACACCUGCAGAACCUCCGCAGUCCCGACGGCAGCAAGAUGAACCCCGCCAAAACCUGCCAGGACAUCCAGCAGUGCUACCCUCAGAAACCCAGCGGUGAGUCCGCUCUGACCUCCACGGCGGUCUCUGCCUGUCCUGAUAAACCCGGUUCCUCAGAGUCUGAAGGUUCUGAACAUGUUGAUGAUCCACAGAACCAGAACCGACCCUGUUCUUUCUUCUUUCAGGGGAGUACUGGAUUGAUCCCAAUCAAGGGAGCACCAAAGACGCCAUCAGGGUCUUCUGUGACAUGGAAACUGGCGAAACCUGCAUCCCCGCCAAUCCCGCCAUCAUCCCACGCAAAGUCUGGUGGACUAAGUCCAUGCCCACGGCCAACAAACCCGUCUGGUUCGGAGCAGACAUCAACAACGGCGCCAAAGUGAGUCGAGAAACCCGAGUUUCCUCAAAGUUCGCCGACGCUGCAACAGAGAAAAGCCGUGUCAUCUCUCCCAACCGUUUUUGUCUUUCAGUUUGGUUACGGAAAUAAUGGCGAGCAGCCCAACGCCGUGGCGGUCCAGAUUAAGCUUCUCCAGCUGCUGUCCAAAGAGUCGCACCAGAACGUCACGUACCACUGCAGGAACAGCGUGGCGUACAAGAGCGAGAAGAGCCUGAAGAAAGCUCUGGUCCUCAAAGGCUUCAACGGUCAGGAGCUGAGAGCACAGGGAAACAACCGCCUCCGAUACACCGUCCUCCACGACGGCUGCUCGGUAAGUCCUGUACGGAAGUCAAUCUGGGCCAUCUGAUUAUGAAUUUAUAAAGCUGAAUUUGUUUUUGUGUCAAAAUCAGACUUUGAAUUUCAAAAACAUUGAUUGUUAUUUUUAUUUAAUUUUUUAUUUUAUAAAAUAUUUAUUUAUUUAUUAUAUUUUUAUUAUUAUAUUUAUUAUUAACUUUAUGAUUUUUUCAUAUAAUUUUGUUUUAUUUAUCAUUUUAUUUCAGUCACUUGUUUUUUUUCACAAUGAUAAAAUAAAGUCAGUGUAAAAAAAUUGUUGAGUUGAGUUUUUUCAACUUCAAGAAAAAAGAAUGUUUUUUAUAAAGUUUUUUUAAUUAGAUUUUUACUAAUUUUUUUUUAAAAGAGAUUUUUUUUACACUGAAUUUAUUUCAUCAUUGUAAAGAAAUAAGUAUCAGAAAUAAAAACACGGGAUUGAAAUUCAACAGUUUCAAAAUUCAAAGUCUGAUUUCAAUGCAAAAAAAUUCAGCUUGAGAAAUUCAAAUUCAGAAUCAGAUGGCACAGAUUUACUUCCGUAAAUGUUGAGACGGUCUGUUCUACACUGAUUUUUUUGACAUUGAAUUUUUUUAAUGUGAAUUUUUUUAAAAGUUAUUUUAAGUAGAAUUUUUAUUACACAAAUAUUUUUAGAACAAUUUUUUUGACGUAUUUUUUUUUUCAAUUUUUUUUCAUGUUGAAUUUUUUCUCUACAGUUUUUAGUUUUGUUUUUUUGUUUCGUUUUAAUAGUUUAAAAAUUCAAUGUCUGAUUUUGAUGCAAAGAAAUUUAGUUUUAGAAAUUCAAAUUGAAAAUCAGAUGGCACAGUUUGACCUCCAUACACCAGGGUUCAUAAAAACAGGUCAGAAGAUGAUCGACUGAACUUUCUUCUCCUGCAGAACGCGGACGGACAGUGGGGCAGAGCAGUCUUCGAGUACAGGACUCAGACUUCGGCCAGGCUGCCCUUGGUGGAUUUGUCCCCCAUGGACAUCGGAAAAGCCGAUCAGGAGUUCGGUUUGGACCUGGGCCCCGUCUGCUUCUCCUAA